AUGGUUCUUUAUUAUGGUCUGUUGGCUCUUGAGACAGCCAACAACACGGUCGCUGCAGCCGCUUCCGCCAAAACAACAACAAAAACGACAUCAAGACUAGCAUCUGAUCGAAUAAGUCUAUCACGGAAACAGAAAUAUUUAUCAAAUUCAAUCGGAAAAAUCCCCUCAUCAUCAUCUAAUUCAUGGAUUUAUACAGAAGAUUUACGAAAACGUUUUGAAGAACGUUAUGCUGAUUACCGUUAUGUAUUUGUACCUGUUUAUAUUGAUCGAAAAUCGACUAAUCAUAGUCGUAGUACGACAGCUAUUUUAUCACAAUAUGAUCAUGAAAAUUCUUGGAUGUAUUCAAGAUCACUUCGUGAUCAUUUAUUUUAUUCAACAUCAAAAAUAUCUUUACCAUUAACAACAAAUAUAUCAUCAUCAUCAACGUGUUGUGUAACGAAUCAUGGAUUUAUGCGUGAUGAAUUACCAAUAAAAAAGACUUUAAAAACAAAAUUAUUUAAACGUUCAUCAUCAACACAAGAUAAGCCGACAACUAAUUUGUCAUUACCAUCAUUACCAUUUAGUCCAUUUACAUCAUCAGUACCAUCAUUUUCUACAAUAAAUAAUUUAGUUAAACAUCGAACAAGUGAUGUUGUUGAAGAAGAAGAUGAUGAAGGUAUUGAUGAUGAAAAUCACUCGGCACCACUUAUUAAACAUGAUUCUAUGGUUCCAUCAUCUUUAUCAACAUCACGUACAGUAACGAUAUCAUCUACUGGCAAUAAUACAAUCAUUAAUCCAACAACUACGGAUGCCGAAGUAUUGUCGACUUCAAUUUCAUCAAAUACAAAAUUAUCAAUAAAACAUCCUGCUAAACAGAACAAUAAAUUGACACGUCUACGCUCAUUUUUCUUUAAAUCAUUUUCGCCAUCAUCUUCCUUUUCUCGUACUCAACAACAACAGACAAGAUUGUCAUCCUCGUCGCUGCCUAAUCGAAUUUCGAGGACAUGA